CGGCUCUCAUCCACCUUUCCAGUGAUAGACCUGAGGGGGCCAGCGUCUGUCCUGGACCGAGCCAUGAGGUCCUUGGUAGCUUUCAUCUGCUUAGCUCAGCUUCUGAGCUAUGCUCCUGCCAGAUCUCCUCUUCCUUCCCCAGUGAGGGACCCAAACUGUGAUGACCCAGACGUAGAACAGGCUGCCUUGGCGGCCGUGCAGUAUGUCAACAGCAACCACAGGCAUGGAUACAAGUACACUCUGAAUCAGAUUGACAAAGUGAGAGUGUACCAGAGGAGGCCCGCGGGCGAAGUGUAUUCAAUGGAGAUUGACUUGUUGGAAACCACCUGCCAUGUGCUGGACCCAACCCCACUGGAAAACUGCACUGUGAGACAGCUGAUAGAACACGCUGUGGAAGGAGACUGUGAUGUCAGUGUGCUGAAACUCGACAACCAGUUUGUGGUAUUGAAUGCCAAGUGUGAGUCCAGUCCAGACUCAGCAGAGGAUGUGCGCAAAGUCUGCCUGGACUGUGCCCUGCUGGCCCCCUUGAAUGACACCAAGGUGCUCCACGCCGUUGAUGCUGCUCUGGCUGCCUUCAAUGCCCAGAACCACACCAGUUACUUCAAGCUGCUAGAGAUCUCCAGGGCUCAGCUCGCGCCCCUCCAUUCUUCCGUCUACGUGGAGUUUGUGGUUGUACCUACUGACUGUUCGCCAAAAGAUGUGGCUGACCCAGCAGUCUGCAACUUGCUGGCAGACCAGUAUGGUUUCUGCAAGGCAACACUGACUGAGAAAGUUGGUGGGGAAGAUGUUGCAGCCUCCUGUACGGUCUUUGGAACCGCGCCUGUGGUACCUGGACCCCAACCUGAUGGAGUAGGACCCACCGUGGGACCCACUGUGGCUGCUGGACGACACCCUGUAUUCCCUGCAAAACCCGUUUGGAGCCAUUUGCCCCAUCAUGACCUCAGGCAUUCCAUUGUUGGGGUGGGCUCCUUUGAAUCUGCCUCUGGGGAACAUGGCCCUGCCCAAGGGUCUGGCCCUGUUAUACCAGGUCCUGGGCCUGCUGCACCAGCAAUCCCUCUAUGUCCAGGAAGGCUCAGGCAUUUCAAGAUCUAACCUUGUUCCCGGCUCUGGAAUUAAACCAUUAUCUGACAAGUGUUCCUAUCUAUACAACCUUAGCAGAGGGAGAUAGGAAACAGGGCUGCCAUUUUGUCAAAACUGGGGAAUGGGGUGGGAGUUCAGGAAGGAAAUGCCUUUCUUUGGUAUUUCUCCUAGUUCAGGCUGUGGGGCAUAGAAAAAAGGAAUUCCUAAAAUUCCCCCUCUUCCCCCUACCUUACAAGACAGAAGGGGAGGGAGGAAGAGUCACAUUGGAUGGACAAUGCUACUGAUUCCCACAUUCUGACCAAGGAUCCCGAUGCCCUGCCUUAACACUCAACAGACACGAGAUGGCAGUCACCGUAUGCUCUGCCUUCUGGGUUGUUCUGUCACAGCAAAGAGAAACGUGAUUUGAGAGGUGCUAUUGCCAACCUUGUGGCUUCCUGUUAAGAAAACUACUUUAAUAAACAAAGCUUCUACAAGGA